UUGGGAAAUGGGCUUUGGAUUGCAUAUAUGAUAAGACUGUUCGAUGGUGGAACAAAACGGAGGGUGGUUAUUAUUAGUUAAGCAAACAGCCAAUAGGAUAUUCAGAGCCUGUGGCACCAAUUUCCUCAUCGACCAAUUGCUUUAAAACGACCUCAGACGCAAUAAGAGGACUUCAGAAACCGGGGAACAACGCACCACCAGCACUGUUAACUAACGCGUAUUAAUCUUCAUCAGCAUCUCACGUGUACCCGGAUCCCCUGAAGCUUUGGCAUCUUCCUCUAUAGUGAAAAGCGGCUGGAGAGCACACGAACCAGGACCCUUUCAGCAAAAUGACCGAAACGGAAACCAGGAAUCAUCACGCUGACAAGCAACAGAACGGAGGUGCUAUGGCAGAAACAUCGACAGUGGAGGAUGUUUUUGACGACACCUAUAAAAUGAAAGAGGGUCCAAAACCACCGAGGAUGCUGGUGUGGAGAAAUAUCAUAUUGAUGUCCCUCCUACAUUUGGGUGCGCUUUAUGGACUGACUCUCGUGCCCUCCGCAUCGGUUCCAACUCUUGCAUUUACUGCGUUGUUGUACCUCAUCAGUGCUCUCGGUGUGACUGCUGGUGCACACAGAUUAUGGAGCCACAGAUCCUAUAAGGCCUCUUUUCCCCUGCGAGUCUUCCUAGCGUUCGCCAACUCCAUGGCCUUUCAGAAUGACAUAUAUGAGUGGGCGAGGGACCACCGUGUCCACCACAAGUACUCCGAGACAGACGCAGACCCCCACAAUGCCACUCGGGGGUUCUUCUUCGCCCACGUUGGUUGGCUGAUGGUUCGCAAACAUCCCGAUGUUGUUGAAAAGGGCAAAAAACUGGAGCUGUCAGACCUGACGGCAGAUAAAGUGGUUAUGUUUCAGAGACGGUACUACAAGCUCUCUGUGAUCCUCCUUUGCUUCCUCAUGCCCACGUUGGUACCCUGGUACUUCUGGGGUGAAUCCUUGACCGUGGCAUACUUUGUCCCUGGCCUCCUGAGAUACGCUGUGAUGCUCAAUGCCACCUGGCUGGUCAACAGCGCAGCGCAUAUUUGGGGCAACAGGCCUUAUGACAAGACCAUAAACCCGAGGGAAAACCCACUGGUUGCUUUCAGUGCCAUAGGGGAAGGCUUUCACAACUACCAUCACACAUUCCCCUUUGACUACGCCACGAGUGAGUUUGGCAUCAAGCUCAAUCUCACCACUCUCUUUAUAGAUGCCAUGUGCUUCCUGGGUUUGGCCAAGGACCCCAAGAGGGUGUCGAAGGAAGUUAUCACCGCUCGCAUUCAGCGAACGGGUGACAACAGCUACAAAAGUGGCUAAGUCACACUAGCUACAAACUCUGCAACAGACACCGACGUGUCGAACCAAGACAGAGUGUAGCAACAGGUAUAGCAGCAUUUCAGUGGUUCUGAAUAUUCGUCUGAUUUAUAAGUUAAACCUCCUCCUGAGACUAAUAUUGACUUUAAAGAGUUGUCAACCUUUCCAUAAAUUGUGUGGGUCUCUUAAGUUUUGAAGUGUCCUCACCGACUAUUAGCCACAGCCCGCGACUUGGCUACAUGUGCAAGCACAGCUUUUUCACCAUAAUAUAUAUAAAACGGGCAGAAAGAGAAUAAAAAAGGCUAAUUGGGAUUUAACUCAUUUGGCAGCAGUAGGAAAACUAAACAAGUCUAUGUGAGCGGUCUGUAAAAACAGUAAUUACAGAUUAAUUUACUGUAUUUCUUAUUUGUUAAUGUGCUAUUUAUUAAUAGUCUUUGGCACUCUGGAAGCUUUAUUGAAACCCCUAACAGUGAGGUUUCUCUACAGGCAAUAUAGAGGGCUUUCGCUCUAACUUCUGUCGGUAGUGCUUUGUCUCUUUCCACAGGGAGUAGAGUUUAAUCUUGAUUAUUGUUUGUCAAUUUUAAGCUACGGUUUUCUUUAUAUUUGGUAAGAUAGUAGUCUUACUAAACCAUUAGCUGCUGUGUUCAAGGUCAACACAAAGACAGUCAACACUCUAUUGAGCUGUCCCCAUUUACCAUACCAGAGUAAUUCUGGGUGAAUAAUACAGUUCAGAUGUGUUAUGCUUUCAAACCCACUGUCUCCAACUGUAUAAAAGAGGGGUUCUAAAUAAGGAUUUAGCUCUUUGGUGUAACUCAGUCUAUACCUUUGAGUAUUGAAGCCGCUUCAGACUGAAACAUAGAACCAGAUUUCUCACUCUAUCUGAAAAGAGAUAAUUAUUUUCAUUUAUUUUGUAUUAAUUUGAAAUACAUUCAGAGAUAAUGUCUCCCCCUCUCUCAGAUAAGGCCAAUGAGUCAUGAGUAGGAGGUGCAUUUUCCUUAUGUGCUGUGUGAUAUUAUUGAAACGUGUCAGGACUAUUGCCCAAAUGCCUUAUGAGGGUUGCACACCUGAUUCAAAAAUUUAAAGUGCAAGCAAUGGAAAUAAAUUGGGGCUUACAUUUUCUGUCACAGUUGUUCUGUGUCUGUUUUUAAGGGAACACUUCAAAAGUUAAAAUCCCUUUUUUUAUUUAUAGUGAAAACGAGGGACCACUUCAACAAAUCCUAAAAAAAAAUAUAAUGGGUUACUAUGAUUUAACUUUUCUGUAACCAAACAAAUAUUUUGCUCUAAAACAAGAUCCAAACUUGUUAUAUCCAUAAUUAUAAUGUAGUUACAUUUGUCACACUUUCUCUUUUACAGAGCAACACUUUUUUACAGUGUUAACUUCUCGAAGUUUAAAUGCCUUAAAAAAUUGGCACAUCUUUUUAAAAUGUUCUUGCCCAUUGUAUGUACCGUAAUUAAACCAAAUUUUCUACUUGUUAAAAUAUGUCAUGCUGUGUUUGUUGGAAUUCUGUAAGACUCCUUAAUCAUAUACUGAAUAAAAAAUAUGGUCAUACCA